UUUCACUCCAAUAUUUACUUUACAACCCAAAAAAAAAAAAAUUCCCGAAAAUUAUAGAUCCGCCGUUCGACGGCAAAUCUCGAAAUUUUUUUACACCCACACGGCGGGCGAUUCGCUCCGUGAUGACUUGAACCGCCGAUUACCCAACAACUUCCACUUUCCCCACAAACCCUAAGCUUUACUGUAGCAUUGGUUCCCAAACCCCCCCCACUUGGGAUUCGUGCUUUUCGCUACCUCGAUUUCGUCCCCGAUCUGCUCGAACUAGGGAAGACGAACCUGCAGCGAUCUAUUUCAAAGCCUUGUUUUCAUUUCCCCCAAAAACCUCAAUAAUGAUGACCUGUUUGUGCUUGGGAGAACGGUCUUAGUUUAUUAAUUUAGCAGAGUUGGUUUAAUAUAUAUUGGAGUUGAGUCUGGUUCUUCUUCUAUCAACUAUGGAAGCAUACAGAGAGGAAGCUAUUAGAGUGAAACAGGUCGCCGAGAGGAGAUUCGCGGAGAAAGAUUUCACUGGCGCCAGGAGCUAUGCGUUGAAAGCUAGGUCUCUGUUUCCUGAUCUGGAAGGUUUGACUCAGAUGAUUGCGACUUUUGAAGUUUACCUGGCUUCUCAGUGUAGAAGCGGCGCCGGUCAGAUCGACUACUACGCCGUGCUUGGACUGAAACCCUCUGCUGGGAAAAGAGACGUGAAGAAACAGUACAAGAAGAUGGCUGUCUUGCUCCAUCCGGACAAGAACAAAUGUAUCGGAGCUGAUGGCGCGUUCCAUCUCAUAUCUGAAGCGUGGAAGUUCUUGUCAAAUGAGUUCAACAAGAGCACUUUUUACUACAAAAGAAAGAAGCAUAUCGAGUCCACGGUGGUUCAGAAGCACCACCGCGCAGAGUACACGCCACCGGGGACUGCAGCAUUUGAUCGGUUUCCAUCAUCAUCAUCAUCAGAAAGACUCGACACUUUCUGGACUGUGUGCACCUCUUGCAAAGUUCAGUACGAGUACCUGAGGAAGUACGUGAAUAAGAGGCUUUCGUGUAAGAACUGCCGCGGAGCAUUUAUAGCUGUGGAAACCGGUCCAGCUCCUGUUAGUGCACCGUUUCAUUACACGCCUCCAUCUCAUGCGCCUCCUCCUCCUCCUCUUCAUAGUAAUGGCUAUAGCUCACAUAGCUACGAUGCACGCAUGCCCACAAGUUCCACGUAUCUCUUAGGCCACUAUCCUACGCAAGGACAUGGAUAUGAAUAUGGUUCAUAUGAUUGGACCUCAUCAUCAUACCCUGAAACAACCACCUCCCCAGGGAAUCUUGAUUUGAAGCGUGUGUCCUCUGUGUCCAAUGGGUAUCCUUACAAGCACAGCAAAUCAGUCGUUAGCACGGGGAUAAAUAAAGUUAAAGACGGUUCCAACGGGACAUGCUCGAUGAAAACCAAACCAGACGGUCUGAUCUAUGCUAACCCGCCAGGCCUUUCUACCCAUACGGCUGCAGUUAAGGUCGGCAGACCUGAGAAGAAGAGCAGAGUAUUUAUUGAAUCGUCUGUUAAUGGAUUUGUUGAGAACCCUUUGAUGAGAUCUUCUGCUCCAGCGUCAAAGACAGCGAACGCAGAUUUCAAAAUUCACGGGCAAAGCUAUGGUUCAACUAGGCGGUGGUCUGCUGCAUCAGUAUUGGAUACACGCAAGCCACUGCUUCAGAAGGCAAGAGCAGAUAUUAAGCAAAGACUGGAUAUCAUAAGAUUGGCUUCAGAGGCAGCAGCGGCUGUAGAAGACCCGACACCAGUUGAUUCCUGCAAGUUGGGAGAUGUCACGGCGGGGCGCAAAACCAGUGGGCCUAUAACGGUACCAGACUCUGAUUUCCAUGAUUUCGAUAAAAACAGAUCGGAGGAGUGCUUUGAGCCAAGACAAAUAUGGGCAAUCUAUGAUGAAGAUGAUGGCAUGCCACGCCUGUACUGUGUGGUUAGGGAAGUGCUCUCUGUUGAGCCCUUUAAGAUUGACAUAGCCUACUUGAGCUCCAAAACCGACAUCGAGUUCGGUUCCAUGAAGUGGGUACAAUACGGGUUCACAAAGUCGUGCGGACAUUUCAGGAUACAGAACUAUGACAUAGUUGAACAAGUCAACAUAUUCUCGCAUCUUUUGAGGGACAGGAAGACAGGGAGAGGUGGUUGUGUUCGAAUCUUCCCCAAAACUGGUGACAUCUGGGCUGUAUACAAGAACUGGUCGCUAAACUGGAAUGAAUCAACACCUGACGAAGUGAGGCACGAGUACGAAAUGGUCGAGAUCCUUGAUGAGUAUACUGAACAGUAUGGUGUGUGCAUUGCGCCUCUUGUUAAGCUAGAGGGUUACAAAACAGUGUAUCACAGGAGCGGGAGGGAAGAAGACGGUAAGAAAUGGAUACCCAGGAGCGAGAUGCUGCGGUUUUCACAUCAAGUGCCGUCUUGGUUUCUCAAAGGUGCAACUAGCGGCUUUCCCGGAAACUGUUGGGACUUGGAUCCGGCUGCAAUCCCCGAGGAGCUGCUUCAAGUCGGAGCAGAAGCCUGAUUGAUGAUUCCAGUGACGUACCCUGCAGGAGAAGCAAGGUUUCAGAUUUAGACCAAGUGUUAUAGUUGUACCAGCGAAGACUAGAGAUGUAAGAGAGAGAGACUGUUGACACGCAAAAGAUUCUGUUUGGUCACUAAAGCUGUUGUAUUAGGUGAUGUCCAACUGAGUAAACCAAAGCGUAGUUGUUUUUUUGUUUGCUCUCUUCUUUUCCUUCUUUAUUGACCUUGACCGAAAUUUUACAAAGCAGUUAUUAAAACUAGCAAUUUAUCUUUC